AAUUUAAGAACCUAGCCAAAUAUGGCGUCUCUGAAGAAUUCUGAUACCAUUCUUUCAGAUUUAAAAGUACAAUUAAAAAAGGCCAAGGUCGACGUCAAGGCCCUGUCAACGCUCGCUCAACAAGGAGAUGAAAAGUUUGUUGAAAAAUUUAUCCGUGAAAGCCUCUCUAUACCGACAUCGGACUUUGAAGCACUUUCUAGCCAGCUCUAUAUAGCUUGCUUUUGGGGUUUUAAGCAAAUUGUUGAAGCUGUAAUCGCUAAGAAUGUUAACAUUGACAAUCAGAACAAAGGAACUCUGUGGACACCUCUGCACGCUGCCUGCUUCCAGGAACACGGCCCCAUCGUGAUGGUGUUAUUAAACAAGGGAGCGCAACCGGAAUUACCCGACAGCGAGGGUCGAACAGCAAAAGAUUUUGCUUCUAUCUCACCGAAAAUAUGGCCGCUGUUCGCAGCACUUAAUUUCAAACCGACACCUCGAAGUAAGUUGAUGAAAUUGGGUAUCAUAAAGUCAGACAACGAUAGUCACGAUUUACCUAAAGCUCUGACCAGUGGUAUAAAAAUGGCUGAUAGACAGUGCGAACUACCGACAGGAGAUGGAAAUGCCGCUUUGGGUGUUGCUCAAGACGGUGAUGUCUUGGCAAAUAGUAAAGAAGCACAAAAACGUUCACAAAUAACUUUACAAGCUCUUCGCUAA